AUGCUCUCAACACUAGUUACAUCUAUCCUCAACCCCCUAAUUCUGAUUGUAUUUGUCCUUCUAGCCGUCGCACUCCUCACACUUGUCGAACGAAAAGUCCUCGGUUACAUGCAAUUACGAAAAGGCCCAAACAUCGUAGGCCCUUACGGCCUCCUCCAACCAAUUGCAGACGGACUAAAACUUUUUAUAAAAGAGCCCGUUCGACCCUCCACCUCCUCCCCCGUCCUCUUCCUUUUUACCCCCAUACUAGCCCUCACCCUGGCACUUACCCUUUGAACUCCAAUACCCCUUCCCUUUCCAAUAGCAGACCUCAAUCUUGGCAUCCUCUUUAUUCUUGCUCUCUCCAGCUUAGCAGUCUAUUCUAUCCUCGGCUCAGGAUGAGCCUCCAAUUCAAAAUACGCCUUAAUUGGAGCCCUUCGAGCUGUCGCACAGACUAUUUCCUACGAAGUCAGCCUAGGACUGAUUCUUCUAAACGCAAUCAUCUUCACUGGAGGUUUUACCCUACAAACAUUUAGCGUUGCCCAAGAAAGUGUUUGAUUAAUUUUUCCCGCCUGACCUUUAGCUGCUAUAUGAUACAUUUCCACACUUGCAGAGACUAACCGAGCCCCCUUCGACCUUACAGAAGGUGAAUCCGAACUCGUCUCCGGCUUUAACGUAGAAUAUGCAGGAGGCCCUUUCGCCCUUUUUUUCCUCGCCGAAUACGCCAACAUUCUCCUAAUAAAUACACUUUCCGCAACACUAUUUUUAGGUGCCUCCAUUCUACACACAACCCCAGAAAUUACAACAACAAACCUCAUAAUUAAAGCAACCCUUCUCUCCGUCCUCUUCCUAUGAGUUCGCGCUUCCUACCCACGAUUUCGUUAUGACCAGCUCAUACACCUAAUCUGAAAAAACUUCCUCCCACUAACCCUCGCCCUAGUAAUUUGACACCUCUCCCUUCCAAUUGCUCUAACAGGCCUCCCCCCACAACUAUAG